GGGCAGAGCUUGUGGCUGAGAGUCUUUCGGAAACCCAAUUCAUCCUAGUCUGCGACGAUUGGAGCAAAGCACUGAUUCCGCCAUUUUCUUCAUGUCACUGUCCACACCAAUUUCAAUUUCUUCUAUGUUCAUCCCCAUUCCUGUAUUCAUUUAUCUGGCAUUCAAGGUGUUAAUUUGAAAUUCCGAACCCUAAUCCCCAAAAGAUAUGUCAAGAAGAAUGAGUGGCUCAAUCCCACUUGAAGCUCCUACUUCCACCUCUGGAUGUUCAAUUUCAAAUGGGAAUUCAGCUGUUAUAGGUGGGGGAUUAUUUCUUGACAACAAUACUCUUCCUCAUUAUUUAAUCAACGUCGUUUCUCCGAACAACAAUACCCAUCACUGCUCUACCCACCGAACUCCGGGCGGCGGUGUUUUCCGGCAAAAAAAUGGGGUUUCGGGUGGUGGGUUCUUGUCAGUCAGUUUGUCAGUUAAGGGAAGUAGUGAUGGUAUUGAUAGAAAUCCCACCACCCAGUUUAUGGCCGCGGCGGUGGUUGGUGGCGGUAGUGUGGUUGAGGAGAAGAACAAGAAGAAGAUCCAUAUAAGAUUAAGAGGAAAACCUGCUGCUAUGAACACUACAAAGCAUUUAUGGGCUGGAGCUGUUGCUGCCAUGGUUUCAAGAACUUUUGUUGCGCCGUUGGAGAGACUAAAGCUGGAAUAUAUGGUUCGUGGUGAACAGAAGAGUCUUUUUGAGCUAGUUAAAGCAAUAGCUUCUUCUCAAGGUUUGAAAGGCUUCUGGAAGGGCAACUUUGUUAACAUUCUUCGCACCGCUCCAUUUAAGGCCCUGAAUUUUUGUGCCUACGAUUCGUACAGAAGGCAGCUUCUCAGGUUAACCGGAAAUGAAGAAACCACAAAUUUCGAAAGGCUCUUUGCUGGUGCUGGAGCUGGCAUGACUGCUAGUAUUCUUUGCUUACCACUCGACACUAUACGAACAAAGCUGGUGGCGCCUGGUGGUGAGGCCUUGGGUGGUGUAAUAGGAGCUUUUCGCCACAUCAUUCAGACCGAAGGGAUCUUAUCUCUUUAUAAAGGAUUGGUUCCUUCGAUUUUAAGCAUGGCGCCUUCAAGUGCAGUCUUCUAUGGAGUUUAUGAUAUAUUGAAAUCAGCGUAUCUCAAUUCAGCUGAAGGAAAGCAAAGAAUUAAGUACAUGAAACAGCAGGGCAACGAUUUGAACAUUUUGGAACAGUUAGAGUUGGGACCAUUGAGGACGUUACUACACGGAGCCAUUGCUGGUGCUUGUGCAGAGGUUGCUACUUACCCGUUUGAAGUCGUGAGAAGACAGCUACAAUUGCAGGUGCGGGCAAAUAAAUUGAGUGCAUUAGCAACGUGCUUAAGAAUUGUCGAGAAUGGAGGUGUUUCGGCUCUUUAUGCAGGACUCAUUCCUAGUUUACUACAGGUAUUACCUUCGGCUGCAAUAAGCUACUUUGUUUACGAGUUCAUGAAGAUCGUCCUGAAGGUGGAGUUGUAAGUUGUUACAUUUAUAUAACAAUUCAUCAAUGAAUUAAUACACUGUAAUUCAUAGAAGCUAAGAUGUUACUACAUUAUUCACACCCAUGUUCCCAAUUGUAAUUCUUGAUUGCU